AUGGGUGUGAAGGUAGUUGCCAGCACAUGGGCUCGUGACUCCCACGACCUCUUUGACUUCGAAGCAAGUCAGCUGCAGACGAAGUACUUCAACGUCCCUAAUUCAGCAAAGUUUGUCCGCUCUGGUACCGACGUCCAGAUGCUUACGGACAGCGAACAUCCACCAGCAGGAGGUGAACCGAUGCUCCGUCUUGUCCACCGUGAGGGCUGCUACUGGGUAGACAAGGCAACACCGGCAAGCAGCUCCAAGAAGCUUUGGGUCGUUGUACGUGACCUUGCAACAUCAGGACACAAGCUUUGUGAAGGUGAUGUGAUCAAGCUUGGCCGCUUUAAGUUCAAGGUCAGACAGAUGGUUGCAUCUGAAACUUCGACCGUGCAGCCGGAACUCCAUUUGGAUGACACGACGGGCUCUACAUGCGACAUAGAGGCGGAUCAUGAGAACAAACUCGCCAAGACGUCGUGCCGCAUUUGCCUGUUGGAGGGGUCUUCCGAGGAUGACCCCUUGAUCAGGCCAUGCCAGUGCAAGGGAUCUAUUGAAUAUGUGCACCUUGGCUGUUUGCGCCACUGGGUCAAGGGACGCCUGAACAUUGCAGACACGCCGGAGGGUUCAUACUUCUACCGGCCUUUGCCCUGUGAACUGUGCAAGACCGCCUACCCAGCCUCUGUUUCGAAGGGUCAGGAUAAAAUGCCUUUGGUGGAGGCCUUGAAGGAGGAUCCCAAAUGCCCCAUGGCGCGAGUCCUCUCGGCAGACUGCGCCUUUUGUCAGGGUGAUGGAGCAAAAUCAAAGGAACUCUUGGAGCAACUGGUCCAUGAGGAGAACAAGAGCGAACUAUGA